AUGUCAAUGGCAAAAAAAGAUUUAACAAAAGAUGAUGAAAAACAUUCAUGUGAUUUAGCUGCUUAUUUUACUCAUUUACAAUUACAACCAAUAUAUAAAAUCAUGACAUUAAAAUCUGUACUUAAUCAAGCAUUUAAGUUAAAAAUUAAUAAAACUGUAACAAGCUUUGCCACACGUUUAUUGGAAUUGGGACCAGCACCUGAUGUUGCUCAAGAGAUUUGUUUUGUUUAA